AUGGUUAACCGACUGUCCGGAUCUCCCCUCUUCAAGAGGCUGGCUUCGUCUGCUGCGGUCUCCAAGAGCACCCGCAAUGCCGUCCUCGCUACGGUCGCUACCGGUGGCCUCGCUGCCUGGUACGUCAACCUCUACGGCAACCCCAUCAAGGCCGUCACUUUGGCCGAGCACGGUCUCCACCCCGGCGAGUACCCCUGGUCUCACAAAGGUUGGCUCGACACCUUCGACCACCAGAGUUUACGCCGUGGUUUCCAGGUCUACCGGGAAGUCUGUGCUGCCUGCCACUCCCUCAACCUCGUCGCCUGGCGCACGCUUGUCGGUGUCACACACACUUCCGACGAGGUCCGGGCUAUGGCUGAGGAGGCCGAGUACGACAACGAGCCCAACGACGAAGGUGAGAUCGAGAAGAGACCCGGUAAACUUUCCGACUACAUCCCCGCCCCCUACGCGAACGAGCAGGCCGCUCGUGCUGCAAACUCGGGCGCUCUCCCUCCCGAUUUGAGUUUGAUCGUCAAGGCCCGUCACGGUGCUUGCGACUAUAUCUUCAGCUUGUUGACCGGAUACCCUGACGAUCCCCCUGCUGGUGCCACCGUUGCCAGCGGCCUCAACUACAACCCCUACUUCCCCGGCGGUGGCAUUGCCAUGGGCCGUGUUCUUUUCGACGGACUCGUCGAGUACGAGGACGGCACCCCUGCCACCACCUCCCAGAUGGCCAAGGACGUCACCACAUUCUUGAACUGGGCCGCCGAGCCUGAGCAUGACGUCCGGAAGAAGACCGGUCUUAAGGUUUUGAUCAUCACUGGUAGUCUCUGGGCUCUCUCCCUCUGGGUCAAGAGAUUCAAGUGGACUCCAGUCAAGACCAGAAGAAUCGUGUACAAGCCUCCCAAGUUGUAA